ACAUAUACAUGCUACGCAACCUUCAGCUAUAAAUAUGGCAAUGAACAAAGAAAAGGACCAGACCUUGUUCGGAGGCAGUCGNNCUCCUGGAAAGCUCAAGACUGGACUGCAAGCGACGAUCGUGUACGCGGCGGCAAAUCACAAUCCUUCCUCGAAUGUCACAGCAGCACAGGGCGAUUCCAUGGCAAUCUCGACAUCAAAACCUUAGGUGGCGCAGGAUUUGCAAGCCAGCGGACCACGGGCGAGGACAGAAGCUGGGAUUUGUCUGAUUAUGCAGGAAUCGUGCUCGACAUUGCAGAAGCGGACGGCAAAUACACCUUCAUUCUCAAGGACGAACUGCUACCCCGCAAUCCAGACAAUGGACGUGAACAAGCCACUAUCUCGUGGGAGUACGACUUCAAGCCUUGUUUCGGGGAAAGCAGUCUCGAGAAAGGUGGCCUUGUAUUCGUUCCAUGGUCUGGUUUGAAGCCAACCUAUCGUGGUAAGGAGAAGGAGCAUGCGGCUCCUAUCAACCUCAAAACAAUCAAAAGGAUGAGUAUCAUGAUGAGGAGCUUCUUUGGCGAUCAAGAGGGACCCUUCUCUCUAACCUUGCGUUCCAUCUCUGCAGUUGCAAGCUCACCGGUCGAGCCCGGCAGACUUGAACGGGGUGACGCAGCAUGUGCAACAAGCAGCACUAGUCGUUGGGCUCGGUAUACCCAAUCGUUUACUUCGACUCGGACAACACGAGUCGAUCGAAUGGUGGUUAAUUCUCGCAGUUUGCAUUAUCGUCGUGGCGCAUCUGCGGACUCGCUUUGCUCGCGACUGCCCUAUACUACUUACAUGGCCGCACAUCGCGAGCAGCCUGAUUUCAAAUCCGAGAGUCUCGGACACGAAGCACUGAAGGGUCGCACUGAGUGC